CGGACGUUAAGAUAAGCACUAACAUUCAUUUAACACAAACGCCCCAUAUACAUGACAAUUAAACUUCAUUCGACUAUCGGCAAGACACUUGACGGAAAUGAACCUUGUAAUCAUUGCCGGGUGCUUGUUCCUUUGCUUCGAUUCAGCAACUGGAACACGGUGCUUAACUUGUACCUCCCUGCCUAGCAGAGUUCCGUGUGUUACCGCUUCAACUUGUUCAACUGCGCAAGAAUGUUAUGCUAAGUACGUGUUGAAACCGGACGGAACGGUUAUGUACGAAUUCGGUUGUCAAGAUAGUCAGACAUGCCCCGGUCAGAUGGGUACCCAUGCUUUAAUUGGCAAGCGUGCGACCGGCGAUACCGAAUUAUGCUAUAAAUGUUGCCAAGGAGAUAUGUGUAAUCAAGGCACACUUUGUACAGGACCCUUAACAACUGGCACGCAUAUCUUGAAUCCCACAACCGUGUCACUUAUCACGGCCACUUCGCCCAAAACAACACAAACAACACCAACGACCACAGGUGGUGAUGUCUGUCUGAACUGUACAGAUUCACCUGUGGCCCGAGAAUGUCUUUACACUAUGACAUGUGCAUCACACGAGAGUUGCUAUGCUGACGCAUUUGAGAAUCCAAAUGGUGACAUCGUUUUCAAUUUGGGCUGUCGGGAUAGACAACUUUGUGGCUCUUCCGGCAAACGCGAAGUGGUGAACCGAUCCAACGGUAACACGCAGCUGUGCGCUCAGUGUUGCUUUGGAAACCUUUGCAACGCUGCCCUCUGUGGACAAACUGGACUGCCCUCUGUUGGUCCCGUGUGUUUCAAGUGUGAUCAGGCCAACACACCAAGCUCGUGCAACACGAUAGCGCUCUGUGGAAGGGAUGACGUAUGCCACGUUGAGAAAACCACUAGUUCGCUAACCCACGCUUCGCUAUACAAGUCAGGAUGUCUACACAAAACCAUUUGUGAUAGACACGCUCAAUUCCUAAGUUUGAUCGGAAGGAAGCGAUAUGACAACACAGUUAUGCCAGGGAACGACUUGCAGAUACAGUGUUGUGACUCUAACCUGUGUAAUCAUGGAAAUGGCAGUAGCGCUUCCGGUAGCGCAUCGACGACUGGAGCAGUGGCGCCAACACAUAGCUCACUCUCAGCACAACAAAGCAUUUGCUCCACUAAUCCUUGUAUCCAUGGUAGCUGUUUCUCAGCAUCAACUGACUACUUUUGUCAGUGUGAACAAGAUUGGCAGGGCAAAAAUUUCGAUCAACACCAAGGCCCAUGCACCGGAAGCCCGUGUGUCCAUGGCAGAUGUUUUGAAAGCAGCACCGACUACGCUUGUCAAUGUGAGAAUGGUUGGCAAGGGAAGAACUGUGAUCAAAAAAUCAACUACUGCACAAGAAAUCCUUGUCUGCAUGGUACCUGUUCGAAUGGCGCUUCAAGCUAUGUGUGUCAGUGCUCUGUCGGUUGGGAAGGAACGAAUUGUGAUCAAGAAAUCAACUACUGCACAAGAAAUCCUUGUCUGCAUGGUACCUGUUCGAAUGGCGCUUCCAACUAUGUGUGUCAGUGCUCUGUCGGUUGGCAAGGAACGAAUUGUGAUCAAGAUCAAGACUCGUUGAUACAUGGCGCCGGAAGAGAGUACGGGAUAGUUGCAGUCAGUCAACAUAUGCCUUUCAACACGACAAGUCAGGAUAGAACUUUGAUAAUAACCGGAGUCAGACUGUUCUGUGAUGUGCACCUUUUCGCCAUUCAGAUGCAGUACAAUAAGGCAUGGGGACAAAGGUACGGGGCAAAUCUAAACUGCCGUCAACCACCUGCUAUCACCCAGACUCUUACCUACGAGUUUGAUUCAACGGAGUGGUUAAAAGGAGCUGAUGUAAGCGUCAUUAAUGGCUAUCCGUUUGCGCUCACACUGCAUACGAAUAAACGACAGCUACCAACGUGUGCCGUCCACAGCACCAAACCAUACAGCGAGAGGGGCGACAGAUUGGUGGGGAUUGCGGGCUGGUAUACUUGUUGGUUGACCAGGCUUCAGUUUAUCUGGUCUACAUAAUGUCCGAUACAACUUCAUGAUAUUUGUUAAAUGUAGUUCAAUGCGCAUACAUUCGUAUGCUCUUAUUAUGAGAAUAUUGAACUGUUACAUGUAUCAUUGAAUUUAGUUCAUUAUAUUAAAUAUGAACAUUAAAA